AUGACCUGGCCAAAGACAGGCCAAGGCCAAAUUACCCAGAAUGCUGUGGGAUACUGUAAGAUGGCAGCGAACCCAGGCGCUAACACACCUCUUUUCGACUGUCCGUCAUGGGCAGGCAAACCACCACCAGGUCUCCAUCUAGAUGUCGUGAAAGGAGACAAGCUCAUAGAGAAGCUAAUCAUCGACGAGAAAAAGUACUACCUGUUUGGGAGGAACCCCGACCACUGUGACUUCACCAUAGAUCACCAGUCCUGCUCCAGAGUUCACGCCGCUCUAGUCUACCACAGGCACCUCAAGCGUGUGUUCCUCAUUGAUCUCAACAGCACCCAUGGCACCUUCCUGGGCCACAUCCGAUUGGAGCCGCACAAGCCCCAGCAGGUGCCCAUCGACUCCACCAUGUCGUUCGGGGCCUCGACGCGUGUCUACACCCUCCGCGAGAAGCCCCAGAGUCAGCCGAACGCGGCAGCGGGAGACGCCAAGGGGGUGGAGGACGAGGAGCUGAAGGGACUCCUGGGGCUGCCGGAGGAGGAGACAGAGCUGGAGAAUCUGACUGAGUUCAACACAGCCCACAACAAGCGCAUCUCCACCCUGACCAUCGAGGAGGGCAAUCUAGACAUCCAGCGGCCCAAGAGAAGGCGGAAAAGCUCCAGGGUGUCCUUUAGCGAGGACGAGGAGGUCAUCAACCCGGAGGAUGUGGAUCCCUCAGUAGGGCGUUUCAGGAAUAUGGUGCAGACUGCAGUGGUUCCUAUGAAGAAAAAGAAGACUGAGGGUGGUGGCGCUCUGGGCCUGGAUGACGGCGUUGCGCGGCGGAUCCAGAACUUCCCCCUGAGCGCCGGCCUCUACGGCGACCUGCCCCCCACGGCCCACGAGGGCGACAGCCCGCUCAGCGCAUCCCAGGGCGGCUCGGCCAUCCUGGGGGGGCUCCCCCUGCCCUUCCCCAACCCUGCCCCGGAGGUUGACCUCUCCCCCACCAGCGUCCAGCCCCCAGUGGUCCUCACGGCGGCCCAGGGCCCCACGCCGUACACAGGAGGGCCAGAGGCCCUCAACGAGCCCCGCAAGAAGAAAUACGCAAAGGAGGCGUGGCCUGGGAAGAAGCCCACCCCCUCACUGCUGAUCUGAGCACAGUCGUCAUGGUGUCCUUUGAACACUAUGGGGCAUGUUGGGAGGCCUGUGUGUGUGUGUGUGUGUGUGUGUGUGUGUGUGUUUUGAAGAAAGGACCUUUGGGCUUUUGGACUUCUUGGAAAGAUGUGCUGAGAGACUUUGUGUGAAAUCCGUUUGCGGUUUUUGUUUGUUUGUUUAAUUUCGCCGCCUGACGACCCCGUCCUGGUUUUCCAUGUUUUUGUUUUGAUAUCUUGUGUCUAACUUAAGUAGGAGUUUUUUGAGGCUGUGAAAUAUGAAAUUUGCUCUUGUUUUUUUUUUAUUUUUUAUUUAAUUUCCUGACAGGACUUGUUAGGAAGCAAGUCGAGUCGAUAGUCGGAACACUCACACUGAAAGUUUAAAUUAACUAAAAGACUACUCUGUCUGCCUGCCUGCCUAUGUAUAAAUUCUAAGAUUAUUACAGCAGUGCUUCUGAACAUUA